GGUGUGAGCAAGCUGUCCUUCGCACACUCCCUCUCCUCCUCCCACCCACCCUCCUCCUCUCCCUCCUCCUCACUCAUCACAGCAGCAGCCGGAACUCUCUCCCUCGUCUUUGGAGUUACUCUAGCCCUAUGUGCUCCCUUCAAUGCCCCUUGGCUCUUUGCUCUCCUGCUUGGAACGGAUCUGCUUGUAACGGGGACAGCUGCUCUGUUCCUGGCAGCUUCUGCCUCUGCUGCUGCAUCAG